GAGUUGAGACGGAAACAACUGGGUCCGCUCUUCCUGCUGAAUGCGCGCUCCCGACGCAGAGGAUACAAAUUCUGUCGGGGAUACGUAACCUCGGCACGACACCGGACCUGAAGACGGAUGCGACUCCACCUGACCUGUAGUGUAUUUCUAAAUGAAGAUGCUAGAUGCCCGGUUUCGUCGCUUGUGUUUGGUGGUUUUAGCGUUCGGUUUUCACCUCGGAGGAGCGGCAGAGGUCUCAGUAUGGAGCGUAAACAUCAAUUCGACACAGGAUGCUGUGUUUCGGAAGACGCUGUAUGCCAACACCACCAUCUUUAUGAGGUUUCUCAACGACUCAGGGUCAUGUGACAGAAAUCUGGCCUUUAACAUCAGCUGGUACCUCCGCUCAUCCGUUUGCUAUAAUGAGGUCUUCAACACACCAGACAACAAAGCGAUGAACAUGUUCGGCAUGGACCACAUGCUGAAAGAUGGCUGGAGUGGCUUCUAUAGCCAGGGCUACAUGUACUUUGAGAACUGCUCUUCUCUCUUCAUCCCAAAAGUUUAUUUCCCAGACUUCAACCCUUAUCAACCACUGUCCAGUCCAAAGAGUGACCCAUCAAAUCAGACUCUCACUUGGCCAGAUAAGCCGGAUGUCAGUGCAGUUUCUAAGGCUUGGGAGGAUGGUCCCUACCUGUUCAUAGUGAAGGUGCAGCCUAUGUCCCGUGGAGUUGAGGAUGAAGACAUCGGAACAGAGCUGCUCAGUUUUGCUUUCACAAUGAAUGUGGAGAUGAAAGGACCACAUGACUACUCCUCCCCAGCAGACUGGCCUCUGAUGAUCUUCUUCAUGGUGAUGUGCAUCGUGUACGUGCUGUUCGGGGCGCUCUGGCUCUUCUGGUGCGCUUGCUACUGGAGGGACCUGCUGAGGAUCCAGUUUUGGAUCGGCGCCGUCAUCAUCCUCGGCCUCCUAGAGAAAGCCGUCUUCUACUCUGAGUACCAGAGCAUCCGUUACAAAGGAGACUACGUUCUAGGUGCUGUGAUUUUUGCUGAGCUGCUCUCUGCCCUGAAAAGAUCCUUGGCUCGAAUCCUGGUUCUCAUAGUCAGUCUUGGUUAUGGCAUAGUUAAACCACGGCUAGGUACCACAGUGCAUCGACUGGUGGCGGUUGGACUUCUCUACCUUCUCUUCUCCUCUGUGGAUGGUGUGCUGAGAGUGACAGGUGGUUUCUAUGGGACUGUUGCCCUGGUGGCUAAUCUUAGCCUCUCUCUCAUUGACUCGUGUGUCAUGUGGUGGAUUUUCAUCAGCUUGUCACAAACCACUCGUCUCCUGAAGCUCCGCAGAAAUGUGGUAAAGCUGUCUUUAUAUCAGCACUUUACCAACACGCUCGUCUUCUUCGUUGUCGUUUCCAUCAUAUUUAUCAUCUGGACCACCAAGGUGUUUAGGCUGGUCGACUGUCAGAGGAGCUGGCGGGACUUGUGGGUAGACGAUGCCUUCUGGCGUCUCCUGUUUUCCACUAUGCUGCUGGUCAUCAUGGUGCUGCUGCGACCUUCUGCUAACAGCCAGAGGUUCUCUCAUUCCCCUCUUAUUGACGAAGAUGAUGAAGAAGAUGAGGCCAAGGAACCGAUGAUGAAUGAAGCUUUUGAGGGAAUGAAGAUGAGGGGAUCGAAGCCUGACGCUAAUGGCUCCCAGAAAUUUCUGAGUAAAGAGGAUGAGGACCUGAAAUGGGUAGAAGAGAACAUUCCUACCUCCGUUGCUGAUGUAGCUCUCCCUGUAAUGCUGGAUGAGGAAGAGGAAAUCCUGAAAACUAAGAUGGAGAGAUCUAAAAUGGAGUAGAAGUAAAUGCAGAAAGGUGCUUUAAGGGUUGUAUGAAGCUCAGGAGUGUGAACUGUGUUUUAGAACAAAGAGAUGAUGUGUUCUGAGUUUAGAGGUGCUUUCAAGUUGACCCACCUCUUGCAUUGAGGCGAAACUCAAAUAGAUGUUUAACAGAACAGUCCUCUAAAAUAUUUUAUGGGUUUCACCUCUGUGUCUUCACUAUUGGGCAAGCUCAAGCACAUGGUUUGCAUGUUAAAUGAGAUUCUUGUUUAAAAAAAUCAACAUUUAUCUGAAACCUAUUCCUGUGGUAUUUGGAUUAGUCCUGUAUGUAAUUACAGCAGAUGUGGUUGAGGAUAAAGUCUUCUGGGGAUAGUUCCAUUGCCCAUUUCUCACUAAUGGAGUUAGUUCAGAACAUGCUGAAGUAUGAAAAUGUGAUUCAGUGCUGAAAACGGGAGGGUGUUAUAUUAUUUAAAGCGUUCAGGUACAUAAAUUAAAGAAAAAAAAAUAUUUUGUAAUCUACUUUUACAUUUGCUGAACCUUUUUUUUUCUUUAGUGACCACAGUGUGAACAUUGUACGUUCAGUUUUGUUUAGGCCCACAGAGUGAUCUCUAGCUUAGAAAUAAAGAAGUCACUAACUGUCCACUGCCUUGCAGCAGUAUACAAAACCCUUUGAACUUAUUAGCAUGUUGUCACAUGGCAACCACAAACUUCACUGUAUUCUCCUAGAAUUCUACAUGGCAGACAAACAGGAGUAGUGCAAAAAUAAAAGUUCAUCCAGAAAAAUAUGGCAUGUGGUUCUUUUCAACCCCACUAAGACAAUACUAUGUAAUACCUACUUAACUGCUACAUUAAAGUCUUUCUAGGUAUGUCCCUGCCAGCUUUGCUCAUCUAGGGAGGUUGUCUCAGCCCCAUGCUAAUUAGGAAAACUACUCAAAGUCAGUCAGAUUGGUUGAAGAGCCUUUGUGAAAAUAAACGUUUAACUCUUGCUACAGAUUUCAAAUUAAAGUUAGGUUUGGAUGUUGACUGUGCCACUUUAAGACACGAAAAGGCAUUGAUCUAAAUUAUUUAAAUUAUUAUAUUGUAGAUCUGGCUGUAGGAUUUGGGGCUGUUGCCCUGCUGGAAGGUGAACAUCUGGCCCAGUCUCGAGUCUUUUGCAGCCACUAACAGGUUUUCUGUUUUCCGCUGCAUCCAUCUACCUAUUUAUCCCUGACCAGCUUCCCAGUUCUGGCAGGACAUUAGCAUUUCUGCAGCAUUAGGCUGCCUCCAUUGAAUAUCACCAUAGGUAUGGUGUGCUUAGGACGUGCAGCGUUAGCUUUCUACCAUGCAUAACAUUUUGUACAUAGGUCAGAGCACCUUCUUCCACACGUUUGCUCUGUUCCCUGUACGACUUAUGGCAAACUGCCAGCAGAACUUUCAUUUAUUAGUGGCUUUCUUCUUGUCCUUAAGGUCCUGUUUAGUUGUCCUGCCAACACAGUCUCCUACCUGAUGUGUGGAUCAGUUAUCAGGCUCCUCUAGGCUGCAUCUGUGAUUAAUACUUGCAGAUGAGCCAUGCUCUUUAUGUUUACAGAUGAUGGACUGAACAUAGCUCACAGAGAUGUUCAAAGCUUUAGGUAUUGUUUCCAAAGGUGCACCGAUUGCGGUUUUCUAUUUACUACUUAGGUGAUUUAUGAUGGCAGUUGGUUGAACUGGGUUUUCUUUAGGGAUAUAAGUGUAGGAGGGGCUGAAUACAAAUGCAUGCCAUACCUUUAGAUAUCGUGUAUAAGAAAUGUUGAACAUCAUCUAUGCUCAAGGGUAUGAUUACUUUUGCAAGGCACUGUAUAUCAACACAAUUGUUAUCCAGAUCAGAUCAACAAGAUGGAACUUUGUCUUUUUUGUAUUGUUUCUUUCAUUGCUAAGUUUUGGGGAAAAAGAGAUUCCCAGUUCUUAAUGAAUAUUGAAAAUAUGAAGCAAGAAUAAUAAAUACUCAAAAAGUGUAA